UCGAACUUGUGCGUCUGUGGAGGAGGAUUAGUUCAACAUGUUUCUGACUUUGAACACGCGUAUAUGUGUAUGUAAUCCACAAUAAACAUUAAGGCCCCCGUGUCUGACCCCGAUAAAAUUAGCCGGUACAUUGUGGAGCCAAGUUCGAAUUUUGAAUUUGUUGUUGUAAAAGGGACGUUUAAUUAUGUGGAAGUUCUAAAUGGUUAUCGUGGAUAAGCGAGUUCAGUGUGGUGUAAAUUAUUAUUGCGUGUUGGAUUAUUCUGCUACAUUAGGGAAUUUGACAUGUCCGUCAAAUCGCUGAAGAAUCGACCAACCCUUUACAUGGAGCAGAAGAAAAGAAAAUAGAAAUGUAAGAUGCCUUGAGAGACGAUUACUCGCGAGGGUCGUCCUCGGCAAGUGGACAAGUAUGAAGACGUUCCGUAAGCAGCUCCUCACGGUCCUUCUCCUCCUUCAUGCCGGCGUUAACGAGGCUGUGGACCUCUCGCAAUGUAUCGCUCCUCUGGGGAUGGAGAAUGGAGCAAUCAAGGACGAGGACAUCACCGCAAGCUCGUCGUUCGAUAGCGGUAACGUGGGCCCUCAUCACGGCCGGGUGCGAACGGACCGAAACGGGGGCGCUUGGUGUCCGCUGAAGCAGGCGACAACGGAGCCCGAAGAAUGGAUCCAAAUCGAUUUGAAAACAGUUCAUAUGAUAACAGCAACCGGAAGCCAGGGCCGCUUCGGUAACGGGGUUGGAAUUGAAUACGCGGAAGCUUACAUGCUGGAAUAUUGGCGGCCCAAGCUCUCGAAAUGGAUACGUUAUCAUAACAGCAAAGGCGAGGAGGUCCUGCCUGGCAACAUCAACACAUAUCUGGAAUCGAAGAACACUCUCGUGCCUCCCAUCUGGGUGAGCAAAAUCCGCUUCUACCCCUACAGCUACCACAAACGUACAGUUUGCAUGCGAGUGGAGCUGUACGGCUGCCGCUACACCGACGGCAUCGUCAGCUACUCCAUGCCCCAGGGCGACAAACGCGGCUCCAACUGGGAAUUCUACGACUUCGGCUACGACGGCCACUGGGACGGCGACGAGCUAAAGCACGGCCUGGGCCAGCUAAUCGACGGAAUCUUCGGCCACGACGACUUCAAAACCGACUUCUACGACGAGGCCCAGACCUGGGUCGGCUGGAAGAACGACACGCGACAGCACAAACCCAUCGAAAUCAAGUUCGAGUUCGACCGCGUGCGCGAAUUCUCCGCCGUCCACAUCUACUGCAACAAUCAGUUUACGAAAGACGUCCAGAUUUUCUCGCACGCCAAAGUCAUGUUCAGCGUCGGAGGCAAGCGCUUCAAAGGCGAACCCAUCACGUACGAGUACAUGGAGGACCGCAUCUUCGAAAACGCGCGAAAUGUCACCAUAAAGCUCCACCAUAGAGUGGGGCGGUUUGUUAAAGUGCAGCUCCACUUCGCCGCCAAGUGGCUUCUCGUCAGCGAGAUCACCUUCGACUCGGUGGUGGCGCACGGCAACUUCACCGUGGAGUCGGAGCCGAAGGCCGCGCCGCCCACCCAAGGGCACGAGCUCCACGAGCAAAAGAUCGAGAUUCCCGUGCCGAAUAAGAUAAAUGAACCGGCUUAUUUGACAAUCAUCGUGAUCGGGCUAGCGUUUAUUAUACUGUUGUUGGGCGGAGUGAUUUACCUGAUCAUCCACCGCUUCCGGAAUAGAAAGUUCUUCCGCAGUCCGAACUCCUCCAACAUUGGGUUUCCGGGCGAUACUUUGCCGCAUCUUCAGCCGGAGUCGGUGCUGGGGAUGAGCGAGAAAGGGAGCUCGAUUGAGGCGUAUGGAGUUACUGAAAUUGAGGAUUACCGCAGAAGUCAUGGCACUUUGAAGUCGAGCUUGCGGUCUACUCUACCACUGCCACAUCCUGGACACAUGUCGGAAGGCAACGAAUAUCAAGAACCAUAUCAAGCGCUCAAAUAUGCGCCUUAUUAUAGCUACAGCUCAGUGGUUAUGGAAAUGCAGGAUGCUAUGCCCAACAGUAUUAAGAAAUGCCCAAUCCAGCAAAUAGAUGCUUAUGAUUACGCAGUACCUGAGCCUGGGACUCUUCCGCUUCUUGGUUCGGACAACACAUUGCCAAUAAAUAGAAGUAGAAUGAGUAGCGUCUCUUUAAAAAGCCAGAAAAUGAAUGCGAGAAACAGCCACAGUGAAGGUAAAAGGUCCCCAACGCAACAAGAAGCUCUAACCGCGCUAAAAAAGCGCUUAGAAGACACACAACUUGUAGAGUUUCCAAGGCAUCGAUUGCGGAUGCUAUCGAAACUUUCUGAAGGAGCAUUUGGAACGGUAUACAUCGCUGAGGCGGACGGGAUAACCGAAUUCUCCUCGUCCAUGUCUUUGGGGACGCGCCUCGUGGCAAUAAAAUUCCUCGGCGAAAACGCCGCCGAAAAGGAGAAGAAGGAUUUCUACCGCGACGUGCGAAUCCUGGCGGCUCUGGAGGACCCAAACAUCGCCCGUGUCCUGGGGAUUUGCAGCCAAGAGGAGCCGAUUUGUGUGGUGAUGGAGUAUUUGGACCACGGUGAUCUGUGUCAGUUCUUAAAAACGCACGUUGCCGCGGACAACAAUGCCAGUUUACCGUACGGUGUUAAGUCGCUCUCGUUCAACUGCCUUCUGUACAUGGGGGCCCAGAUCGCCUCGGGCAUGCGCUAUUUGGAGUCCCUCAACUUCGUGCAUCGCGACCUGGCGACCAGGAACUGCCUCAUAGGCAAGGGAUAUCAGAUCAAGAUCUGCGAUUUCGGUACUUACAACGAACUUUAUAUCAAUGACUACUACAAGGUGGACGGCAACACGCCGCUGCCCAUCCGAUGGAUGGCCUGGGAGUCGGUCUACCAGACCAGGUACACAACGAAAAGCGACGUGUGGGCGUUUGCUGUCACCUUGUGGGAAAUUCUGACGCUGUGUCGGAGACCGCCUUACGAUUCUUUACCGGAUCCUGAAGUUAUGGAGAAUUUAGCACACAUGCACUGUGAUGAUGGACAGUAUAUGUAUCUACCUCGACCCACGGCUAGCAAGGAUAUUUACGACUUGAUGCUCGAGUGCUGGAGACGGAAAGAUGUGGAGCGGCCGAGCUUUAGAGAGAUUCACAUUUUCUUGCAAAGGAAAAACUUAGGAUACGCUCCUACAUAGUUUAGGAAGACUGGUUAGGUAUAGAGGGAUCAACAUUUAUGUAUAUAGAACACAGGGUGAUAAUAUCUAUUUUUAUUUCGACUUUGUUUUGUACAAACUCAGUUAGGCUUAUUCUUUGACAAGUGUUUUUAUUAACAGAUUUAUCACACGCGACACGGAGGACUAGAACUAGGAGGCGAAUAACGUACUCGGCAAAUACAAACGUGGGACAUUUCUAAAAUUGUAAGAAAAUUGCAUUUAGAACAACAACACAAAGUUAGUACAUGUUAUAUGAACUUUUUGACAAUUUUCAAAUAAAAAAAUCAAACAUUUAGUGAAAAAUUAUAAUUCAAUGAUAAGGCUUCCUAAUAUUUUAGUCCUUCGUGUACGCCUUUCGGGUAAAAACGAUUCACGUUGUUUGUUUUCUAUUUACGUGGAAGAAGAGUAAAAAUUAUAGAAAUUUAUGAGUGAAUCUAUUUUAGCGUCUGUUAAUACGAACAAGUGUACCUCCCAUGCUUUACCCAUUUGUUAUAUAAACUCUUCACAAGGCACAAUAAUUCAAGACAAUGUAUAGAUAAUAUUGUAAAAGUAAUAAUAUCAGUGUUAUAUAAUUAUAUUUACUAGUCAAUUGAGGCGCCUAAGUAAAAUAUUUUCAACGACUUAAUGAUGUCACAAAGGAGCUUAUGAUGGAAAGUAACGAAAAAAGCAUUCUAAACUAUAUAUCUUCUACAUUAGAUAGUAUUUUAACGAUAUGCGCUCCUGUGCUUUACAAGUGAUGUCUAUAAUAUAUAGAAAUGAAACUUUUCUAGUUACCAAAAAUAUUGUAACGUUGUUUCAGUUGUAUGGUUUUUAUACUUGCUGAUGAAAAGUGUAUGCUCGGAGAUGUACCUACAAUAACUUUUAAUAACAGUCAGGUUUUAGUUCAUUAUAAUGGAUUUGAUUAUUGUUUAAUGUGCCAAUAAGCUUCACUUACAGUAUAGCGAAUUGUUAUUUAUUUUAGCUGUAAUUUAUUUUGCUUCAUUGUACAUGUAAAACUCAACUAUUAGAUACUCUAUGUUUCUUAAUGACAUACUUACUAAAGUAUUCAAACAUUCCAACAUAAUAUAAGUGGCACAAAUUUUUAAUAACUUUUGCAAUAAUGAACCAUUUGUGAUUUUGUUGAUGUGCAUUUAAAUUCUGCAAUUAAUAAUUAUGUCGAGUAAUAAUAACAUAUCAAUUUAAUAAAUUGUAAUUAGGUAUUACUUUACCCCGAUAUUUUGUUUUAUUGAUAAUUUACGAAAAUAAAUCUUUAAAAGAUUUCAA